CAGGACUCAACCAACACCCUCUGCUCUCAGGCUAACAACCAAAAAUGGCUUCAGGUCCAAGUUCAGGUCUCACCAUCGUCCUUCUGGGAAACUCAGGUGUUGGCAAAAGUGCUUCAGGAAACACCAUCCUGGGCCGAAAAGCAUUUGUGUCAAAACGUUCCUUCACCUCAGUGACAAAAGAAGUCUCUAAAAAAACUGACAGGGUGUUUGGGAAACAGAUCUCAGUGCAGGACACUCCGGGAAUAUUAAGAUCCGAGAAGGAGGUUACAACCUUGUGUCAAGAUCUCCUGAAGUCCAAGGAACCUUGUUUGUUCCUGGUAGUGGUUAAAAUAGAUCGAUUCACUAUUGAGCAGAACAACUCUGUGGAGGCAGCGAUCAGAGUCAUUGGCGGUGAGGGGUUUGAGAACUGUCACCUGCUCUUCACAUCAGGCGAUGCCCUCAAUGACAUGUCGUUGGAUGAUUUCAUCAAUGAUGAUCCAGAGAGUCCUCUUCCAACACUUGUUGAAAGAUUUAAAGGAAGAUAUUUUGUGUUCAACAAUAAAAAUGGAGGACAGGAACAAGUCCGACAUCUGCUGGAGAAGUCCGGUCACCUCAGUGACGUGGUGUCCGAUCCUCCUGGUCCUCCGAGGAGGAUGGUGCUGCUCGGUCUGCCUGGACAGGGAAAAAGUGCAUCAGGAAACACCAUCCUGGGAUCCAUUCAGUUUAAAUCAGGCUGUGGCCUUCAAGGAGUAAGUACAGAAGCUGUUUCUAAAACAGCCACAGUGGAGGGUCGUCAGGUCACAGUGGUGGACACUCCAGGAUUCACUGAUGAAGAGCCUGAAUGCCUUUUCAGGGAGAUCAAGAUGUCAGUAGAAAAGGCUGAUCCAGGGCCGCAUGCCUUCAUCAUUGUGUUGAAGAUAAACAGAAUCUCUAAAGCAGAAAUUAUGUUGUUUGAGAUGCUGCCAAAACUCUUUGGCAAAGGUGUUCGUAAACAUAUGAUGGUCCUAUUCACUCACGGAGAUGACCUCAAAGGCCAGUCCAUUGAGGAUUUGAUUAAGGCUGAGAGAUCUGUGUCUGACCUAGUAUGCAAGUGUGCAGGUAGAUACAGUGUGUUUGACAACACAAAGAGAGGAAACAGGGUGCAGGUUAAACAUCUUCUGGAUAAAAUGGAUGAGAUGGUAGCAGCCAAUAACGGAGGGCACUUCAUCUCCGAGAGGUCCACACGGGUUCAAAUGGCAUCAGAAGGAGGGUCCGAAAUAGUCAGAACAGAUUAUGUUUCUACGAGAUGGCAGAAGAUCGGUAAAUGGUUCAUACAGAUGCUCGUGCAAUUACGUAUCAUGUCAUUUGUUAGACGCUUUUAUCCAAAGCGACUUACUUAGUUAUUCAGUACUGUGGACAAUCCCCACAGGAGCAAUUUGGGGUGAAGUGUCUU